GUGAAAUCCGACCGGUACUUCGUAAAGGUGGUUUAAUUUUACGAGCGAAUCGAAUAAACAAAGCGCAAAACGCCGAAGAACAAGUAAAAAAAGAAAUAAAAAUUCGAAACGCGUUUAUUAUUUUUGAAUUCUUAAUUAUGUUUGUGUGACAAUUAUUUGACUGUGUGGAUUGUUAUUUUUAAAGUGCAAUUGAAAGCAGAACUGCAAAAUUUGCGUAGAAAAGGCGCAUUGAAAGUGUCCAGCGAUUGGGACAAUAAUUCCGGACAGGACCCGGACAGAACAUGUGGACGGUGUAGAGCAGAACUGGGAAGGGUGAUCAACAGAGGUGCCUGUUGUAGAUCGUGUCGUUUGAAAGUUUGCAAGGGCUGUAGGGAGUACAAUUUCAGAGCCACCGAUUGGGUGUGCUCUGUUUGCUACAAACGAAUGGAAAUCCAAGCAGCUUCAGGAGAAUGGAUGAAUGAAUUCGUUCGAAGACCCAGCAGACGACGAGAUGCAAAAGUUUACGUUCCAGCUGCAGACAUCAUAAAGAAAACCAUUAGAAGAUCGUGGACGAUUUCAAAUCCUACUCCACGAUGGGCCGCUUUAAGAAGCUCAGCAGAACUACGACCCUACAAUAGUCUUCCUAGAGGCCAAGACAUCAACAAUUACCCUUCGUUAGCCUUGCAUCAAACCAAUCUUAAAAACACUGAGGCGUUUAAUCAGUCGCCAAGAAGGGCCAAGUCUGAGGACGUUUACGCUGAACCACUUGUUGAAGAGAGUAUUUCCAAAAAUAAUUCAGAAAUAAUUAAGCCGGCACGUGUUCAUCCAUUAAUGUCUGUGUCUUUGAGAGACAGGAAGAGGUCACCUAGAAGGAAAACAACUGAAGUUGAGGAAAUAUCUAAAACAACAGAAAAAGUAGAUGAUGAUAGUGACAGUGCCAAGGCUUCAACAUCGACGCUGGAAAAUUCGCUAGAAAAACCACCUGAACGACAUGUGAGCUUCGACGGCCCGAAUAAAGCCUCGGAUCUGGCAUAUUUUCGAAGUAGGUCGUUAUCGCAAAGCAAGUCGAGUAAAGAAGUGAAGAAAAUGCCUUUCGUUACACAUUCACUGCCAGAGGAAGGUUACGGGAAAGAAGAACCAACAGGAGAGACAAACCUCGACAAUACGCCAGUCGAACUUUGCGACAUUGAACCUCUAAGUGGAACAGUUUUCCGAAAAAUGACUGUCAGACGUCGCAGACAGCAAAACAUGAGGAAAAUGGCUGCUAUGGAUGCCGGCUGGAGACGACCGCCAGAAAACGAUCUUUUCGACAUUCUCUUACCUGACGGAGAAGAUUACCGUUUAGUUUUCGUAAAUUCCGACAGUUCUUCUAAAGAAGACGAUAUUGACGAUAACGAUAGUUCUUCAGCUUCGAGUUUUCCGCUCGACGAGUGCGAUUGGGAUUAUUUCGAACCUGGAACUCAGCAAGUUUUGGGCUGGAGUUCACCUUACGGAUCACCGAGAGUUUACAGGAAAAGACUCAUCGAUUCACCUCUGGGUUCUCCACUGUUGCAGCGUCGUCCACGCAUCAGGGAAUCCUCGGACGAAGACCUAAGUGUCCCGUCCGCCUCUGAAUCGCUAAUAACGAACCCCCUGCCAUUACGAACCGACGAUGCGAUGCAAUGUGUUAGUACCACUGGCCAGUCGACGACUCUGCUGCACCCGAGUACCACUUCGUGUUGCAAAACUUGCGGUGGGUGCGCUUCUUCACCUGCCGCCCAAUACAUACCGGUACCGGUUCCCAUUCCCAUACCGUUUCCGGUACCUUGGGGUACUAAUUUACCGCCCGGCAAUUUAGUUUCGUUGCACAAUAAUAGUGCUAAUGCUGAUUUUUGGAAGUAUUUCGCGCAAGUGCAAGGAUUUCCGUGGUCGUUUUUCGAAAAACCCAUGCUAGACGAAAAGUUGGCAUCAGAUAAUAAAAAUAAUGUUGACGCGGAAGAAAUUGGUGGUAAAAGUACGGAUGAAACCGAGCGAGAAGAAGAGGUGCGUGAUGAACCAGUUGGCCACUUGGACUGUGAAAAUAGAGGUUCAUCAGCUUCAGAUUCCACAUCGAUCGAUUCCAGUGACGAAGACGAAGACCGUCCCAUAGUACGUAAAGUCUACAAUGUUACAGGGUCUCCCAACGAUCGCGAAAGUGACGAUGCGUUGCCCAGCAGCAACGUUUCAACCGACAACGAAGACGAAAUCGAUCGAAAAUCAUCCGCAGAUGAAAAAGAACGCGAGGAAGAAGAAGAAACAUCUUCCGGAUCGGCCGAUACUGACAGUAACGAUACCGGAACGGUCGCGGAUCAGAAACCAAAACGGUUUUCUCGAGUGUUUGUGGUGAAUCAUAAAGGCUCAUCUAGUGGUAGUGUUUCGUCUUCAAGUGGCGACUCUGAUUCGUCUGAUAAUGAUACUGAUACUGAACUAGUUGUUUUAACGAAUGUUAAGCAACUUAAUGCAGAAAUUGAUAUUGAGGAGGAUCAAGUGACUCAGGAAAAUGAAGGUGGAGCCAGUUUUUUGAGUAUGAAAUAUAUUGGUGAAGAUGUUUAUGAUGCAACUAGUAGGCAAAAUAAUAAAUCAAAAGCUAGGCGUAAAAUUAGAAGAAAAUCUGAACCAGGUGGUUCAAAAAGCAAAAACGUUGAAGAAACUGGCUGUGAUAAAGUAUUUGAAGAAGAAAACCCUUUGCAAGUUCCUUGGAUUAAUACCAAAGAUAAAUUAGAACCAACUGAUGAAAAUAUUUACAAAUUUAUUGAAGCUGAAAUAGAGUUUUCUUCUUUAUUAUUAAUUAAUCAUAGCUCAUCAAAAGUUGAACGAUUAGACUGUGAUAAUGAUACUGAAGUAUCUGAAGCUGUAAUGGAUUUUACAAAUGACGUUGAAGACGAUUUGAUUGUUGAAAAAUCAGUGAAUCUAUCAACAAUAUUAGACGAAACUGACAAAUAUAAAUUAGAUUACGUGUACUCAUCAAGUCCGGGCCUGUCGGAUGUGAGUGCAGAGUCUUUGAGCUCUAGCGACGUGGAAAAAGAGAACGAAACAAAGAACGAGACUCAUUCAAACGUAAAAGUAGAAAGGCAGAGGGAGAAACACCAUGAACAGGACGAGGACAAUCGAAUCAGUGAAACAACAAGCGCGAGCGAGACGGAUAUUGUGCAAAGCGCGUGCCGUAAUCAUACAGGUGUUUCACCGUCAGUAAUCGAGGAACAACCGCAUAGUAAUCAACGGAAUGGUGCGGGCGCGAAAUAUACGAGUCUAGUGAUGAUCACAAGUGAUGCGAGUUAUCAACAAGUGAAUAUAGUGACGUCGGAUACGACCAAAGUGGUACCGGGAGAGGAUUUGCCGCAAGUGGUGGUGGUCAGCCACACCAAUAGGCAGAAUGAGGCAUUGAUGGAUAAAGGCAGGGAUGAUGAUAAUCCAAACCACCUGAAUACUGACAACAACGUAACAGUAAUAACAUCAGCCGAAACUCUAAGCGCGUUCGAAGAAGGUUUAGCCGACGAUGAUUCCUGGGUGGAAAACCUCAGUUACGACGACGAAGAAGAAGACGAUGAUUUCCCAACAAAUUCGAUAUCCGAAAAUUCUUCAUCAGGCGAUGAAGUUACCCUUACCUGUUCCGCCGUGGCGGACCAAGAAGAUGAGCUAAGGGGCUACCACAGGGCGGCCAUAGACUUCACUCUUCAUACUAUCGUAGAAGAAAGUUGCGAAGAAAGUGAAGUGGAACAGGCGCCAAGGAAAUUGAAAAAACCACGCCCAGCUAGCGCAACGGAAUUGGAAAAGUAUUUUUUCUUUGGAUUAGGAGAUGGAACUAUACCGUCUAUUAAUUCAAACAGAGAAGAUGCCUAUUCUGAAACUAGCAGCAUUUAUUCCGAAGGGAUGGAAUCGCUUGGAGGCACAGAAGAUACUCAAAAUGAAAACUCUGAAGAGCUUGCUUCGUCCCGAUUAGAAAAAUACUUCCUUAGUGGUUUUAUGGGUUUUACAGCCGAAAGACGUGAUUCAGAUGGCAGUGUUGGAAGCGACAGCGAAGGCAAACCCAGUCCAGAACAACGCAGAAAACGUUUAGUUAGAGCUAGAGGCACUGGACGAUCCCACUCAAACUCACUAGACAAUCUACUAGGAAACCCAGAUUUAGCUGGCAGUGAGCAACAAUUGGAACCUCAAAACAACUCAGAAGAUUCUUCAAGCUCAGACUCAGACACUUACGAUGAUGUAUUGAGUUUUGAAAAAUCAGACGGCCAAUUUGAUACAGUCAAACGAAAGAAAGCUAAAAAACAAAAAGCUAGUUUAGAGGAUAUUAAAAACUUGGAAACAACCCAGGAAGAACAAGACUACGACGAGGAUGACGAUAGAAAUAAAACUCCACAACCAUCAGACGUUUUAAUGCCUUCAAAUCUAUCGACAAACAAAAAUCAACAAAGCCGCGACAGCGGCUUUGUUGGCAGCUGUGACGAUCUACUCAAAGACCAAAGGGACAUUAAUAAAUCACCUGAUAUUGGUUUGCAAGAAAAAUCUGAAACAAUUCUAGAAGAAAAACGAACCAUAACAGAAUCACUACCACCUGCAACGAACCUCACCAGAAAAGACAGCUUCAACAAUUGGAGCUCAGACGAAGAAACAAACCUAAUGAUGUCAAAAAUGCGCCAAUUUUUCAAAACAAUGGUUGCCAAUACCCCGUCUUCCAAACCAACAACCCCUAAUUUAAGCAACAGAUCUUCCCCAAAACCAUUCCCACGUGCUAAAACCAGAUGCAAACCACCUCAAUUAGUUUAUUUCGAAAACGAACUCACCCGCCUAAUGAAAACCGUUCCAGGUAUUCGAGACGAUCAAGUGCGCGAAAUUGUAGAGUAUUUAAGUAGCGAAGACACUUGGAGUGACUCGUAUGAUUCUAGUGAUUAUACUAGUAGUGAUCUUGAAGGUGCUUGUACAAAAUCUGAAUUGCAACAGCAAAUUUCCGACAGUUGUAAGCAAAUUAUCAAUAAAUUCGAUAUUAAUGCUGAAGAUGAAGAAGGAGAUGCUGGUGAUGGAGGUAUUGUAAUCGAUGAUGUACAUGGCUUAAACAAAGAAACCGCUUUUGUUUACCAAAAACUUGUCGCAAGUUUUGAAAAAAUGGCCACAGAAGAUAAACCUGAUGCAAGUACUUCAAACCCAAACUCGCCUCCUUUAAUUGCAAAAGUUAUGCACCAUAUUGGUAGUAGGUUGGUAGCAUUAAUGCACGAAAUGUCCAGCGGGGAAAGCCAUGCUUCAAACAGCCCAAAAGGUAGAAAUUACCAUAAACGAUUACAACAAAAACUUAGCAAUGCUUCAUCUACAACCACCGAUGACGAUAGCACUUCAGAUACUAAUUUACAAGACACUUUUGUAGAAGAAUCUUAUAAUUUGCUUCCAAGAAGCCGAUCUCAUGAUCUUCUAAUGAGUGAAACUAAUAAAAACUUGCAUCAAUCUAUUAGUGGAGUUUCAGAAAUUUCCGAAGAGCCUAGCGAUUGCGAAAGGUUUUCUUGGAGAGGUAGUUUUGAAUCAGCUUUAUUAGCUACCGAUUCACGCAAUAAACUAUCUUUAAUUGGUGGAGAAGGUUCAGCAUCAGCUUCAGCUUUAGCAAUAGCUGCAAAACGUCGCUCAGCUGGAGACUUAUUAUUUAGCCACAAAUCUUUAAGCAGAGAGCAAUUGGAUAGAGUGCGAAGCUGUGGCAGUAUAGGAGGUAGCACUCCAGAGGACAAACUCUGGGUAGCAACAGCCACCAAACCAAAUCGAAGACGUUCUAGUGUACCAGACGCAGCUUCGUGCGACGACGAAGAUGAAGAAAUGGAAAAUAGAGCCACGCUACCACGUAGCUUACAGAGCGGGCCUCAGACGACCAACUCUUUGCCGCGCUUGCCGACCACUUCGGUAGCAGCAUUGCAAAAGGCUCAGAGUCAUCAUUUUUUGUCGCAAAAUGUUAAAAGUGCUCGGUAUCGACCGCCGGGGAUUACUAGGUUGAUGCCUACGCAACCGAAACGGGCGGUUAGUGCUCCCGGAUUGCAACCUUCGCAUCAGAGAAGGGGUGGUAGACGAUCUCAACAAUCCAAUGUUCCUAAUGACGAUGUCAGUUUAUCAGAGGCUCACUCGUCGCCGAUGCUGGCUUCCAGAUCUGGAAGCAAAAGCGCCACGCCCAGUCCAGUGGCUCCAGGAUCCAGAAGAAAAGCCGCUUCGGUUUCCAGCCAAGAAUGGCCCACCAACGAAGACGAUAUUGACCGAUUGGUUUCUAUGCACCAUAAUAGGAGUAGUUUGUCUAGUCUUGGGUUAAGAUCAGACUCGAUGGCAAGCGUUUACUCUGGAGCAGGCGAAGGCCGGUACGGCUCAGUAACAGUACGCGGACAAAUCGAGUUCGGCCUCCAAUACAACUACAAAGCCGGAUCUCUGGAAAUCCAAAUCAAACAAUGCAAAGAUCUGGCCCCGGUGGACGUAAAACGCAACCGAUCGGAUCCCUACGUGAAAGUCUACUUGUUGCCGGACAAGUCCAAGUCGGGCAAACGCAAGACAAAAGUGAAAAAACACACGCUCAAUCCGGUGUUUGACGAGUGCCUCAAGUUCCACAUGAGCAUCAACGAGCUGGAGCUGCGCACUCUUUGGCUGUCUGUGUGGCACUCGGACAUGUUUGGUAGGAAUGAUUUUCUCGGAGAAGUCAUGAUGACUUUGGAGAAUAAAGUUUUCGAUGAGCCAACUCCUAAGUGGUACAAUCUACAAGAAAGGACGGAGCCUUUUGAAGAUGUUUUGUCAUUCAAAGGCGAUAUCAUUGUGUGUUUGAAGUUUGUCCCUCCAGACAUGACUGUACACAAAAAAGGCAAAAGAUCCAGAGGUUCUCUUCAUAUAUUAGUCAAAGAAGCUAAAAGUCUCACUGCCGUCAAAGCUAACGGAUCUUCAGAUCCGUUUUGUAAAAGUUACUUACUGCCAGACAAAGGACGUAGCGUAAAACAAAAAACCCCGGUUGUCAAACGGACGAUAAAUCCUGUUUGGAACUUCACUUUUGUCUACGACGACGUCACUCUGCAGGAAUUGGCUGAGAGGAGCCUGGAAUUGACCGUGUGGGAUCACGAUCGGCUUGCCAGCAAUGAGUUUUUGGGUAUGGUCAGGUUCUCCUUAGGAACUGGUAAACACUUUGGCAAACCAGUGGAAUGGAUGGACUCGACAGGCAAAGAACUUAAUCUAUGGAAAAGUAUGUUGGAACGACCCAACUUCUGGGUGGAAGGUUGUCUACCAUUAAGACCCACCGUGGGUACGCGUCUUUCGUAAUAAUGCAAUUUAUAAUUUUAGUUUAGGGAUAAUUCUAAUUCCAUUUGUGAUUGUGGUCCCAAAUUGUGGAUACUAUUUUCCAUUAAUUUAAGUGUGUGAAAUUUCAAUAUAUGAAUGUGAAAAGUGUUUUAAGCAAUAUUGUAAAGCAAACGCUCCACUUCGGUUGGCUUUGCUAAAAAUGUUUUAUUAGCAAUAUUUUAUUUUUAAUGUUAAUGUUUCGAGCCCUUCUGUAUAUUUCCUGAAUUAAAAAUAAUGUUGUAUUUUAAGGAUAAAGUUUAUGAAACAUGUUUUAGCUAUAAUUGUAUUCAAUAAGUCGAUGAUGCAUAUAUUUUCUUAACCGAUUAUAGUAAUAAAUGGUUUUUACUAUGAAUAAGUUUUAUUUAAAAUAAGGAUGAAGAUAAAAUAUUUUACUUUCAAAGAUCACUAUUGGAAAUAAAUCGAUUUCCCUCAGAAUGUUUUCCACUGUACCGAUACCUGCACUUUCCAUAAGCCCCUAG